CUAUAGCCUGACGUUGACAGCUCACACGCUCACGGUGGCUCAUGGUGAACGAGAGACGGGAGAUGUCAAUGGGAAUCAAUGGAAAUCUGACGCAUUAACAAAUCAAGGCCUCGAUCGAGGACAUUUCCGCACUGAUGGAUCUGGCCAAAUCGUUCUUCAACGUGCGCGAUCACGAUGGUUAUGUUGGAAAAGAGGAACACAACAAAAAAUUAGAAACCGCCAUCUCCGAAGAUGAGGUUGAGGUAGAAAUUGGAAGUUUGUGUGGUGAAGCUUUAUCACCAGCACCAGGUGGUCCAUUUUCAGCAUUAACUCCAUCCAUGUGGCCACAAGACAUCUUAGCUAAGUUAAAUCAGCCUGAUGAUCCAAAUUCACAGCCUGAAUACAGAUUUGAUGAAUUUGGUUUUCGUGUGGAGGAAGAAGACGGUCCUGAGCAAAAUUCAAAAAAAUUAUUAGGAAUACCGUUUGUUGAAGAUCCUCAACACAGAUUACAAUGGAUCGCUCUUUUAGAAUUCAGCCAUAACAAAGAAGUGGCAGAACUUUCUUGGCAAAAUAUGGAUCGAAAUCUACCACGUACAGAUAAAUUACGUGAAAUGGUUCGCCGCGGCAUACCCCAUUCUUUGAGACCUCAAAUUUGGAUACGUAUGUCAGGAGCACUUCAGAAAAAGUGUUCAUCGGAAAUAAUGUACAAAGAUAUAGUAAAAGCCUCGAGUAAUGACGCAUUAAUGACCAAUAAGCAAAUAGAGAAAGACCUCCUUCGCAUUAUGCCAGCUAAUGCGUGUUUCAGUCAUCUUCAUAGUACUGGUAUACCCCGUUUAAGACGCGUUCUGCGUGCCUUAGCCUGGCUAUAUCCCGAUAUUGGUUACUGUCAAGGUACGGGUACAAUGGCAGCAUCAUUAUUAUUACUUUUGGAAGAGGAAGAUGCAUUCUGGAUGAUGGCAACAAUAGUAGAAGAUUUGUUACCAGCCUCUUAUUACUCUUCAACAUUAUUGGGUAUUCAAGCUGAUCAAAGAGUACUUCGCACUUUAGUAGCUAAUUAUCUUCCUGAUAUAGAUCAUGUUUUGAUGCAACACGAUAUAGAAUUAAGUCUUAUAUCUCUCCACUGGUUUUUGACUUUAUUUGCAUCAGUGGUGCACAUGAAAAUAUUAUUACGAAUAUGGGACAUGUUUCUCUUCGAUGGGUCUAUAGUUUUAUUCCAAAUCACACUUGGAAUGUUAAAAAUAAAAGAAACAGACUUGAAGCAACUGGAAAACUCUGCACAAAUAUUUAAUGCCCUGUCAGAUAUACCAGGAGACAUUGAUGAUGUGGACCAAUUAUUCAACGUAUCUUUAGAAGUUAGUGGAUCACUAACAGAUGUAUUAGUCGAGACUCACCGACGUCGUCAUUUAGCUUAUUUAAUGGCUGAUCAAGGCGGACUGGUAGGAAAUCCAGAUGCAGUACCGAAUUUGCCGAAACAACAUUUGAAUAGACGUCAAAUGAAGCGAAGCAAGUCAGUGUUACAAUCAAUUUUAUUUGGAAAUGAUGACAGUGAAGACGACGCAAAAUCUAAAAAUAUUCGUCAAACAGAAAUUCUAGUUGAUCUAAGGGAAGCUGUUUUACAAGUUGCAAGGCAUUUCAUAAACGUUGAUCCAAAAUUAAAUAAUGUUGCACUUAUAGCAGAUUAUACAAUGGAAAGUCAUUCCAAAGACCAUGACAAUUAUGUCAAUGUAUCACGAACGCGAAAAAGAAGGGCAAAAGCUUUAUUAGAUUUUGAGAGACACGAUGACGAUGAGCUUGGUUUUCGAAAAAAUGAUAUAAUUACAAUUAUUAGUCAGAAAGAUGAACAUUGCUGGGUAGGAGAACUGAAUGGAUUAAGAGGAUGGUUUCCCGCGAAGUUUGUAGAAUUGCUGGAUGAACGAAGCAAACAAUACACAUGCGCUGGAGAUGAUGCAGUUAGCGAAGCUGUUACUGAUUUAGUAAGAGGUACACUGUGUCCUACUGUGAAAGCAGUAUUAGAGCAUGGAAUGAAGAGACCGUCAUUUUUGGGUGGACCGUGUCAUCCGUGGUUAUUUAUAGAAGAAGCUUCCAACAGAGAAGUGGAAAAGGACUUCAAUUCUGUUUACAGUCGAUUGGUACUAUGUAAAACAUAUAGGUUAGAUGAAGAUGGCAAAGUUUUGACUCCAGAAGAGUUAUUAUAUCGUUGCGUCCAAUCUGUAAAUUUAACACAUGACAAUGCACAUGCUCAGAUGGAUGUAAAAUUACGUUCUCUCAUUUGUCUCGGAUUAAAUGAACAAGUGCUUCAUUUAUGGUUAGAAGUUUUGUGCUCCUGUGUAGAAGUAGUACAAAAGUGGUAUCAACCAUGGAGCUUCAUAAAUAGUCCAGGUUGGGUGCAAAUAAAAUGUGAAUUAAGAAUAUUAAGUCAAUUUGCAUUUAACUUGAAUCCGGACUGGGAAUUACCGCCUAAAAAGGAACAAUCACAGCCUUUAAAAGAUGGAGUUCGUGAUAUGCUAGUCAAACAUCAUUUAUUUAGUUGGGAUCUUUAGCAUAUGAUAUAAUUGACAAUUAAGAAGGCUAUGCCAUUUCUCUAGUUUUCGUCCAAAAACUCGAGAUCUAAUUUUCCAUUUCUAGUCUCUAAUUUAAUAUAAUAUAAAAAUCAAUAUAUUUUAAUUUAAAAAAAAAUUUUUAUAACAAUUUUAACGAUUGAAAGAUUUUUAUCAUCAAUUUUGAAGUUUAAUGCACACACUAAUGACUAAGGAAUAAUGUACAAAUGAAUAAUCUCGUUUUUAUCAUUAUAUAACAUUUAUAAAUGUUAUUAAAGAAAGUUUAUAUUAUUUAAUUGCACGGAUAGUGAAUAGUUAUAAUAGAAAAGAUCUUACUAUAUAUUAAAACUUCUCUCUAUAUAUGCAAGCAAAUAAUAUUUUAAGAAGCUUUUUAAAGUAAUAUCUCUGUAAUAUCUACAAAAAUAAUUCUAUUUACCAAAAUAAUUAAUAGUUACAGAAAAAAAUUAGACAUGCAUAAUAUCUAUGAAAUAAAAAUAUUUGGAUGAAAAGUAUUAGAUAACUGAAGUUGUAUUAUGUCUAAUUAUAUAAAUGUUAUUAUGUAAUUAUAUUUUCCUUUACGAAA